UCCGCCCGACGUUAUCUUCUUCCCUGAAUUGCGCGGCUGUUGGAGGACGGGCGGUAGGGCGCAGACGAAGGUAGGGAGCGUGCAAUUUGAUGAUUCCUGGCUCAGCCGUUCGGCCAGGCGCUAUCUCGGUUCCUCCGGCGCUGUGGUUGACACGCUCGACUGGUCAGCGAUUGUUUCCCGGUAAUCGUCGCCCUAGUUUCCGUAGAGCCCGCGCUCACGAUCGGCGAGCCGUUGCGCGAGCGUCCAGGGUGCCUUAUCCUUGCGCUCCUUUUGUAGUGUCUGUUCUGGCGGGGCCUUCUUUGCGGAGGACUGCACGCGAGUGCGAGUGCGCAUGCGCGUGCGAGAGGCUGUGUCGCAGACGGCGGCGGGGGUGGCUUGGAGCCAUGCCAGUAUCGAGAGCUUGCAAAUCUAGUUAUGUUAGCAUUCAGGGUACGAUCCGCAAUAGGAUGGCCAACGGAAGAGUGUCGGCAUGAUCGUAGCCGUAUGGCUGGCGGGCAGGCGAGACCGCUGAUGAGAUGGUCGUUGGACGAAUAGAAGUUGGUGAGAUCGCGCUGCUGGCGGGGCCACGAUGAGGCUGGUAGAUGCCUACACCGUGAGCACGGUCGCAGGUG